GUUUAGAAACAUACUUCACCAAAAUGGUGGUCCGGGAUACCGUUCUACGCUUCAGAUAACCCUCAAUGGGUAAUCAAUUGCUUGCGGUUUCAGCUAGGGCCCUUUAGAGAGAUUUACCUAGAAGGUUUGAAUUUCUUGUUUACACUUGAUAAAAAUGGCCACAUACGACCCGUCGGAAUAAACAUGUAAGAAGAUCACAAAAAUGGCUGCCAGUGGUGCCACCAUUAUGCCACAGAAAGCAAAUCAAAAGAAGGAGGCAAAACUGGGCAUUGAGGGAAAGUCUCUAUCAACAUCGCCAAGACCCCCCGAGAAAGAUUCAAUGGCGGCUGUAUCAAUUGAAAUCAGUUCCCCUCCCUCUUCAUCUCGACCUUCCUCAGGAUCUACUGGGAACACUUCCGUCGAUUUUGGAGAACCCGUUGGGAGUCUCCAACUUCCGCCGGAGGCCAUGGGAGUUCUGGAAACGGUCAUUAACAUGAACAGAACAUUAGAAACUCAGAUAGACGCUCUGAGACUAAAGAUUGAUGUGGACGCCAAACACACCGAAAACGAAAAGAAAAAGAUCGCUACCGAGAAGGACAAAGUGAUAAGAUCGAAAGAGACGGAGAUUGAACUGCUAAAAACAACCGUGAAAGACCGUGAAAUUAAAAUCAAGGAACUGCAGAGUGCAACCGAAGAAAGAGAUUCUCAGAUAUUGUCAAAGAUAGAGGAGAUUGAUGAACUUCGCACUCUUGUCAUGGAAACCGAAGACUAUGCAGAGGAGCUGUCGAAGAAAGUGCAUAAACUUAAAGACGAAAAGAAGCAUUUGGAACAUAAUGGUGCUCACAGGGAACAAAAUGAUGAAAUUCGUAGACUGAAACACGAGUUGGUCUCUGUGAAGGAUAAGCUUAACAUCAUGGAGAAAGAGUUACAACGCGCGAGAACUGUUAUAGACAAGCAGAACCAUCGAAUAAAAGUUUUAGAAUUAGAGAAAAAUGACAUAACUUCGAGAUUCAAGGACGAACUCGAAAAAGCUUCUCGAGCAAUGCGACAAGAGGUAGAACGCAUGCGUGAGGUCAUGCGAGUUCAAUAUGAAGAGAUGAGAACAUUACGUGAACAAAAUACAGAAAUUUCGAACGAUGUGAGAGACAUAAAAGAUUUAUUAAUAAGAAAUUCAAAGACACCCCGUGAGGCUGAGAGAGGUCCAAUGUCUGUACAGAACUACGGCGGUGCUUCUAAAGGCCAGCUUACUGUGAGGUCAUCGGUUCCUUCUUAUAAGGCUUCGUCGUCAAAAGAAGGAUUGCCUCCCCUGACUCGGGAACAAACCCAAAAUAAAUGGGUUCCCGCUGGAGCUAGGAGAAUAAAUGCUGCUUAUUCAGCAAAACAAAGAAAACAAUAAAUGAUUCUUUGUAAAUUUCAAACUUUUGGAAUGUCAAUAACUGUAUUCAUUUUAUAUGUAAAUGAUUUGCAAUACGCCAGAGGGGGGGUGUUUGCAAAUAUUAAAAGAUAUUUUUAUGUUUCAGUUAAUAUAUUUACAAUGUAAAAUGUUAAAAAAUGUAAAACUUUGCAAUGUAACAUGUGUAGCUUAUGUCAAAUUCGUGUAAGUCUUUACUUACUAAAACUGCUGUAGAUUUUUUAGUGCAAUGCUUCCGUGAGUUGAAGUGACUGUGUUCAAUAUCAUAUUGGAUAGUCAUUCAAACCCUUCGUAAUGUAUAAUUUUCUGAACCUACAAAUAUAAGGGGAAACUGCUGAAACUUACUCAUAAGAUGCCAUAUAUAUCGUAGAUAAUUAUUAUAGAAGUGCCUCUCAAAGGAGGAUUGCGCUUAGAGUGAUUUGCCGAUCCUUGAUUUAGUUUUUAGUUACCAUAGAACUCCAUGAAACAGUAUUGAUUAAGCAGCAUGUGAUACGAAGGAACCUGUGAUAUAUUUAAACAUUGUAUACCAACAUGAAUUUGCUUUUGUAUAUUUUUUUUUGGAAAAUCCAAUUAAGGUUGCAAAAGUUACUUUAAUUACUUACGAAUUUUAUACAUUUUAGUUUGAAUAAGGCAGUAAUUAAAAUGUGUGAAUUUUG